CCACAUUUCCCUUUAACUCCAUCUCUUACCUUCUCUCUCCCUCCCUCCCUCCCUCUCUCUAUAUCUCUCUCUCUCUAGGGUUUCUUCGCCCUUUUCUCUGGUUUUCAGUCAUUUUUUAGUUUCCAUUUCUUGUAAAAAUGCGUGAGAUUCUUCACAUCCAAGGAGGCCAAUGUGGCAACCAGAUCGGUGCCAAGUUCUGGGAAGUGGUUUGUGCUGAGCACGGCAUCGACUCCAUCGGUAAGUACACUGGUGAUUCCGAUCUUCAACUUGAUCGAAUUAAUGUAUACUAUAACGAGGCCAGUUGCGGGAGAUUCGUUCCUCGUGCCGUGCUUAUGGAUCUUGAGCCUGGUGUUAUGGACAGUAUCAGAUCUGGACCUUACGGUCAGGUUUUCAGACCUGAUAACUUCGUUUUCGGUCAGUCUGGUGCGGGAAACAACUGGGCUAAAGGACAUUACACCGAAGGUGCGGAGCUUAUUGAUUCCGUUCUUGAUGUUGUUCGUAAAGAGGCUGAGAAUUGUGACUGUCUGCAAGGGUUCCAGGUCUGCCAUUCGUUGGGAGGAGGGACUGGAUCUGGAAUGGGAACUCUUCUGAUUUCCAAGAUCAGAGAGGAAUACCCUGACAGAAUGAUGCUUACGUUCUCCGUUUUCCCAUCUCCUAAAGUUUCUGAUACUGUUGUUGAGCCUUACAACGCAACCCUCUCUGUUCAUCAACUUGUUGAAAACGCCGACGAGUGUAUGGUACUCGAUAACGAGGCUCUCUACGAUAUCUGCUUCCGUACCCUGAAGCUCUCCACCCCUAGCUUUGGAGAUCUUAACCAUCUGAUUUCUGCAACGAUGUCCGGUGUGACCUGUUGUUUGCGAUUUCCCGGACAGCUUAACUCAGAUCUCAGGAAACUUGCCGUCAAUCUUAUCCCAUUUCCUCGUCUCCACUUUUUCAUGGUUGGUUUUGCUCCCCUCACUUCCCGUGGAUCCCAGCAAUACAGGGCUCUUACAGUACCUGAGCUCACUCAGCAAAUGUGGGAUGCUAAGAACAUGAUGUGUGCUGCCGAUCCCCGACAUGGUCGCUAUCUUACUGCAUCUGCUAUGUUCAGAGGCAAGAUGAGCACUAAGGAAGUUGAUGAACAGAUGAUCAAUGUCCAGAAUAAGAACUCUUCAUACUUUGUUGAAUGGAUCCCCAACAAUGUGAAAUCUACAGUUUGUGACAUUCCUCCAACCGGAUUGAAAAUGGCAUCUACUUUCAUUGGAAAUUCAACAUCAAUCCAAGAGAUGUUCCGCCGUGUGAGUGAGCAGUUUACGGCCAUGUUUAGGAGGAAGGCUUUCUUGCAUUGGUACACAGGGGAGGGUAUGGAUGAGAUGGAGUUUACUGAGGCUGAAAGCAAUAUGAAUGAUCUGGUUUCUGAGUAUCAGCAAUAUCAAGAUGCUUCGGCUGAGGAAGAAGAUUACUACGAAGAUGAAGACGGUGCGGAACAAGAUGAAUGAAGUGCGUGAACAUGUGGAUUUUCAUUUGCCAGUCUCUGGCGACUCUGUGGGGUGGAUUUAUGGAAGGCCUAAAUCAAUUCAUGUUGCUGUAGAAUUUUUAGGCCAUGAUAUUGUCGUCAAUUAAGAUUUGCUUUUCGUUUUUGGUUCUUAUUUGCUGUUAUCUUGAUAAGACAUGAAGAAUAUCAGUUACAUAUGCUCGUAUAAUUUGUUAUUCUGCAAGUUUCUCUGUUGAAAAUAUUAUCAUAAUGAAGUUCCUAUCACAGGCUAUUUUGUUU